GCCCCGAGACUUUGACGACUUGACGAAGCGAGGAGGAGCAAAUGAGGGACUCUGCUUUCGACGUCGAACAAACCGCUGCUAGAGACGCAGGCCUUGUGCCGGAGGGAAGCUUCACAUGGGGACGUGCAGAGCACGUACUUGCGCAGAAUAACUUCAUGCAAGUUCAACUCAGAAUUGGUUGUUGGACGACCAAAAGGCUCCGAGUCCUUUUGGGUACAUGUAUUAUGGCAAUGCGCUCUUGGCGGCUUUUAUACGGUAGAAAGGUUUGCUCCGGGAAGGUUUUGGUGGUUUCUCGCGAGUGUUGGGUCACAGCAUUGUGCGGCACGUCGAGCCAGCAGAGACCAGGAGGGUCCGAUGGAAAUGCAGGACAUGCGCGCUUGAUGAGUACCAGCUUCAAGACUGAGACGUUUCACAUCUGAUCCUGAGUAGCUCGGUGUGGCACCGAUGGCCCACAUGAAUGCAGGGCUUGAAAGCAGUGGAGCACCAGAAUCUUUGGAAGGCGCAAAGACACCGCCGCUGGUAGCCAUCAUCCCCGCUACCAGCCAAGUCGGCAGAGCUACAAUUGAGUCGCUCUUAGCUCACCACCCCGACAAAGUUAGAAUCAGGGCUGCCGCGCGUAGUCUCAGCCAGAGUGAUGAACUUAGAUCAUUUCAAAACCUGGAAAUCAUCGAAGGAGUGGACGCGUUUCUGCGUGAGACGCACGAGGCGGCCUUUCGCGGGGUGGAGCGAUGUUUCAUUGUUGCGCCCAAGCUGGAGAACAGAGUGGAAGCGGUGAACUUGCUCAUGGGCAGCGCGCAGCGGUGUGGGGUGAAGCACGUUGUGCUCAUAGGUGGGGUGUUCCAAGAAGACGAGGUCUGUGUGAUGCACCAGCACUGGCAGGCUACGAAGCGGCAUGCACAAGUUCUUGGGCUCAAAUGGACACAGCUGCAAUGCGUGGACUUCAUGGAAAACGUCCUUCAGCACAAAAUAACGAUCGCUUCCGAGAGCCGAAUGUACGGCACCGGUCGCGGCGGGCGCUCCCCUGCGGUCGCCGUUCAUGACAUCGGCGCGGCCGCUGCCUCCGUUCUGGCAUGCGAUGACGACCGGCACUUCGACCGGUCGUAUCGCAUCGUGGGUCCGGCGGCUAUCGGACCGGACAAUAUGGCGGCUGCUUUUUCGAACGUAUUGGGACGGCAAGUGCAGUUUGUGGACUACGGCUUGGAGAAGUGGAGGCAGGACGCUCUAUCAUUGAAAAAGAUGCCCGAGUGGCAAGUACGGGGUUUCUACGACUGGCUCAGGUUGUACUUCCUCACGGGGAAGCUAGCAGACGUAAAGUCAGAUCUUCCUUUGUUAGGGGUGCAACCAACAAGGUUUGAGGACUGGUUACGUGCCCGAAGCAGUCUUUUCGAGGGCGCCGACGAGACGGCUGCUGUUGCUCGUCAGAAAGAACUCGUACUAAGUUAACUAGAUGCAAGACGAUAGUCUAUCAAUGUGCGCAGGUCCUUGGUCACUUCCCUGGCUCGGCUAUUGCUGGGUGUCACGGUCAUGGAGUCGUAGUUUCAAGGUACAUUGAUUUGGAUAUUAGAUUGAGAGCACCUGUUUCAACAGGAGCAAGUUGUUUCGACGAGUAUAGUCCUUGACAACAUUCCAUGACGUUCUCAAGUAGUAACCCGGGCCGUCAAACCAUGGCAAGUUAAUCGCGGGACCUCGAUCAAGCACGGCGGCAGGUCUUGUCCGCA